AGUGUGUUUGAGUAAGUAAGCUUACAAUAUGCGAACAACUUGUCUGUCCUCAGCGUACAAAGUGAGAGUGGAAAGUUUUGAAGAAGAUUUGUCCACUGACAUUUACAAAGUGAAGGUACUGGAAGUCAUCAAAGAAGGAACUCUUGAUGUGGGUCCUCUGAAUAAACAGCGCACAUUCCUCAGUUAUCCCCACUGCAGGGAGUCUUUAGAUCUGGAGACGGGUAAAACCUACCUCAUCAUGGGCACAUCCAAAGAUAUUCACAGAGAUGACCGACAAUCGUAUCAGUAUGUAUUUGGAGAGAGAACCUGGGUCGAGUACUGGCCCACAGAAGCAGAGUGUCAAACAGAGGAACACAGAAUGACCUGUUUGGGCAUGGAGGAGAUGAUUUCUCAGUACCAACUCUUUGGGUGUCCGCAAUAGUGAAACUCAAGAAAAGAAAAUGUUCAUUUUCAAUAGUUUUUUUUUUAUUUUGCAUCAUUCCUAUUAUGUAAAACAUUCCCUGCUAUGGGAUAUGAUUGCUUACAUUGUUGCAUUGUAUUGAUUUAAAUGUAAUAGUCUUAAAUUUAAUUGUCUUUGUUUGAAAAAUAGACAUUUAUAAUUGUUAUUUUGGUUGUGAUUCUGAAUAUAUACGCUCAUGUAGAUCAAUUAACGAUACCUGCAGAAGUAAUAAAGCUGACAUUUUACGCUAUUAUAAAACCAAUGUCAAAA